AUAUACGAUAUCUCAACACGAUACGACUCUCUGUCUCCUUGAACGAGGUUAUUUUGCUGAACUUCUGGUCAGCUACGUGAUCACAGAGCUGAUGCAGAGCGACCUCCACAAAGUGAUCGUGUCUCCUCAGCCGCUCACCACCGACCACAUCAAGGUCUUCCUCUACCAGAUCCUCCGAGGUCUGAAGUACCUGCACUCUGCUGGGAUUCUGCACCGAGACAUCAAACCUGGAAACCUGCUGGUCAACAGCAACUGUCUACUCAAGAUUUGUGACUUCGGCUUGGCCCGGGUGGAGGAGCCCGACCCGACCCGUCACAUGACCCAGGAGGUGGUGACUCAGUACUACCGGGCCCCGGAGGUUCUGAUGGGCUGCCGGCACUACGGCUCGGCCAUCGACGUCUGGUCGGUGGGCUGCAUCUUUGCAGAGCUGCUGGGACGACGCAUCCUCUUCCAGGCUCAGAGCCCCAUUCAGCAGGUGAGAGGACACGCCCACCUUUCAGUCAAGGAGGAGGGUUUACUGUGUGAGGGUCACAGGGAGAGGACACGCCCACCUUUCAGUCAGGGAGGAGGGUUUACUGUGUGUGGGUCACAGGUAGAGGACACACCCACCUUUAAGUCAGGGAGGAGGGUUUACUGUGUGAGGGUCACAGGUAGAGGACACACCCACCUUUCAGUCAAGGAGGAGGGUUUACUGUGUGGGUCACAGGUAGAGGACACACCCACCUUUAAGUCAAGGAGGAGGGUUUACUGUGUGUGGGUCACAGGUAGAGGACACGCCCACCUUUCAGUCAGGGAGGAGGGUUUACUGUGUGAGGGUCACAGGUAGAGGACACACCCACCUUUAAGUCAGGGAGGAGGGUUUACUGUGUUAGGGUCACAGGGAGAGGA